CGAUGUUUUUGCUUAUUUAGAUCUGCAAUGGCAGCUUCAUCUUCUCUUUCUUCCUCCUCAGCACCCAUGGAGCUGUUUCCUCCAAAAUCAAAGAUAACAAAAUGGCCCAGAUAUUCUAUAUGCUGUCAUAACAAAGUAUCCUUUAUUAAACCUAGUUAUUUAAAAUCACUACACCCUCCAAAUUCAAGAUUUUUAAGCAUAAAUACUUCAUCAAAGAAAAGAAUCUUGCAGAGAGAUGCAUUCCAAUUCCAUUGCCGUGUUUUGGAAAUUGAAGGUGCACCUUCCUUUUCGGUGGGGCAAAAGUUUCAGCUUGAUGAUAUAAUUGAAGCUCAACAAUUUGAUAGGGAUAUUCUCAAUGCACUUUUUGAAGUUACACAUGAAAUGGAGAAUAUUGAAAAGAAUUCUCCUGGUAACCAGAUUUUAAAGGGUUAUCUUAUGGCUACACUAUUUUAUGAGCCCUCUACUAGAACUAGACUUUCAUUUGAGUCUGCUAUGAGAAGACUUGGUGGAGAGGUUUUAACAACUGAAAAUGCUAGAGAAUUUUCUUCUGCAGCUAAAGGAGAGACUCUUGAAGAUACAAUCAGAACAAUUGAGGGUUAUUCUGAUAUAAUUGUGAUGCGGCAUUUUGAAAGUGGUGCUGCCAGAAGAGCUGCUGCUACAGCUGGCAUCCCUAUAAUUAAUGCAGGGGAUGGUCCUGGACAACAUCCAACCCAGGCACUUUUAGAUAUCUAUACCAUUGGAAGAGAGGUUGGAAAGCUUGAUGGCAUAAAAGUUGGGCUUGUUGGAGACCUUGCGAAUGGCAGGACAGUUCGUUCAUUGGCAUACUUGCUUGCUAAGUACAAGGAUGUAAAAAUUUAUUUCGUCGCUCCUGAUGUGGUAAAAAUGAAGGAUGACAUAAAAGACUAUUUAACAUCAAAGGGAGUGGAGUGGGAAGAAAGUGCUGAUUUAGUGGAAGUGGCCUCCAAGUGUGACGUGGUUUAUCAAACUCGUAUUCAAAAAGAGAGAUUUGGAGAAAGAAUUGACCUUUAUGAAAAGGCUAGAGGCAAGUAUAUUGUGAAUCAGGAUAUUCUCAAGGUAAUGCCGAGACAUGCCGUGGUUAUGCACCCUCUUCCAAGACUUGAUGAAAUCACAGUGGAUGUUGAUGCUGAUCCGAGGGCUGCUUACUUUAGGCAGGCCAAAUAUGGUCUAUAUAUUCGGAUGGCUCUUUUGAAACUCUUACUUGUUGGGUGGUAGACCUGCAUUCAUCUUCAAAAUUUAUGGAAGAUGCUGAACAUCAAAACCUCUUUUGCUUUUGGUUGUCUUAUCAUGCUAAACAUCAAAACUUCUUUUGCUUUUGGUUGUCCUAUCCUUUCUUUUAAUUAUCUUUUUGUUUUUUGGUUAUAAUUUCUAGUCUUAUAAUAGGUGUUAUUAGCAUGAGAAAGGGGGGAGCGAUACACUUGUAAAGAGAUUUAUAUUACAUGUUCUUGACAGUUUACUACUAGUUUAACAUUUUCAUGUC